CGAUGCCGGUGCUCGAGCCAUGGCAGCCUCCUAAAGUUACGACCACCACAGAACAAUACUUACGAGUGGCGUCUCUCUCCAUCGCCUUGUACGACUACAUCCUUACUCUACCUGCUGAAUGGAGAGUCUACCGUAGCCAACGUUCUCUUGCACAUCCCAGUUUGUCUUGUUGCUUAUUUAUGUCAAUACGCUAUGUCAGUGCAGUGGUAAUGGUUGCCAGCAACGUCGGUUUCUUCUCGCAUGCGUUCUCGGAGGAAGUCUGCGCUCGCUACUAUAUUGUGGCGCCCGUGUUCAAAGUUCUUCAAAACAUGAUCUCUCAGCUUAUCCUAGGAUUCCGGACGUAUAAUAUAUCUCGCAGGUCUCGGACAACAGGAUGCAUCCUUCUUGUUCUAUUCUUUAUCGUGACUACUCUCGAGUGGUUCACUAACAUGUAUGAGAGAAUGCCAAUAUCUCGUCUUCGCAACUGUACUCCAGGGAACGCGGAAGAACACUUAGUCGCCUGGUUGUACUAUUUAUUCGCCAUGCUGUACGACUUUGGAACUUUGUGUAUAUCCAUUUUCUAUCUCGCACAGUUCAAUCCCGACCACUCGCCGAGUACCCGAGUUACGCGUCUGAUCAGGAUGAUGUUGUAUGAUGGCUUGCUCUACUUUGUAGCCCUGACAGGCGUCAAUGUAUUCAACACAAUACUAUACAGGACCAGCGACGAAGCGCUUCAGCCCGCUGUCGCUUCUCUGGGAUACGCCGUCACUUGGAUCAUGAGCCAGAAGAUCCUGAUCCAUCUGCAUGACGCCGCCCUCGAGCGUGCAUACGAAACCGGUGCUCCGGCAAUCGUAGCGCACUCCCUGCGAUCCCCCAGGGAUAUCAGCCAGGCAGUCCGCUCGCAGUUUGAAGAGCAGCACCAGAGCAAUGCGAGCGUCGACCAUGCCUCGAAGAUACCUCAGAGCGGUCUGAGCUUAGACCACGGGGACUCGAGCGACCUGGCUGUGGAAGUGCGAGUCGAGCGCUUUAUGACUGUGGAAUGGGACGAGCAUGCGUACGAACGCGAGAGCUACCGGAUACCCAGGACGAUGUGGAGCUCGAGCAGUCGUCGCUGAUUAUAGCUGCAUGAUUUCUGUGUACUUUGCCUCUGGUAUAUGCAUCCGUUGCGCAGGCUCCGAUCGAUACAACUAUCCUAACC